AUGUCGUCUAAUAUAAUCCAAAUCACAACAAUUUCUUCCGCUGCUGUUCUUGGUGGCUUUUAUCUAUACUCUCCAGACUUUUUUCCUAUAAUAGCUGCACUUGUUUCUAUUUUAUGGACUAUUGUCGCGGCUAAACUUUUCUUUUUUGAUAAGAAAAAAGCACCAGCUUUGAGUCCAGAACAAUGGAAACAGUUUCCUCUCGUGGAAAAAAUAAAUAUUAGUCAUAAUGUUGCCUUGUAUCGUUUCAGGUUACCCAACCCUGACGAUGUUUUAGGUCUUCCAAUUGGGCAGCAUAUUUCAAUACAAGCGGAAAUUGAUGGAAAAUUGAUUCAACGUAGUUACACACCAACAAGUUCUGAUGAUGAUAUUGGACACUUUGACCUUGUCAUAAAGACUUAUCCUAAUGGCAACAUAUCAAAAUGGAUUGACGGUCUUGAAGUGGGACAAACGAUUAGUGUUAGAGGUCCUAAAGGUCAAUUUAAGUAUAAACCCGGAUUAGUGAGAGCUUUAGGAAUGAUCGCUGGUGGUACUGGAAUAACACCAAUGCUACAGAUUAUCCGAGCAAUUUGCAAAGAUCCGGCGGAUAAGACGCGUGUCAGCCUUAUAUUUGCGAAUGUGACUUAUGAUGAUAUUCUCUUAAAAGACGAAUUAGAUUCUCUCGCUGCUCGACAUGAGAAUCUCACUGUAUAUUAUUCAUUAGACAAACCUCCACAAGGUUGGACAGGCGGUUCCGGGUUCGUUACUCCUGAAGUUAUACAAAAAUAUUGUCCACGUCCUGCUGAUGAUAUCAAGAUAUUGUUAUGCGGUCCUCCUCCCAUGGUUUCUGCAAUGGCCAAACAUUGCGAAAACUUGGGCUACGAUAAAGCUCGAUCCAUUUCAAAAUUAGCGGAUCAAGUCUUCAAGUUUUGA